AUGUUACGUGUCAAAGCAAAAAUCACGAAAUCCGACGGAACGGAUUUAGAUGCUGAUGACCCGGUGGGACCAUCCAAUUUGUUACUACAAUCUUUAUUCAGUGAAGUUGAUAUUUCGUUGAACGAGAGAUUGAUUACACCAUCUAUCAACACCUAUUCAUAUAGGGCUAUGAUUGAAACGCUGUUAACCUACGGUACGGAUGCAAAGCAAACUCAUCUUACGGGAGGAUUGUUUUACAAAGAUACUGCGGGUAGAAUGGAUGCGGCUAAUCCUACUGUUGGAAAUGCCGUAGCUAACAAUGGACUUAAAAAACGUUCUGAAUUUACUAACGGUAGUCGCUUGGUGGAUUUGAUAGGACCUAUUCACUGCGAUAUAUUUUUCCAAGAUCGUAUGAUGCUUAAUGGUGUCGAUGUUAAUAUAAAAUUACACAGAAGCAAAAACUCAUUUUGUCUCAUGUCACCCGAUGCAGCGGCUGGAUUCAAGGUACAUUUGGAAGACGCCUCCGUGUAUGUAAGAAAAGUGAAACUUAAUCCAUCUAUAGCGCUGGCUCACGCUAAAGCGCUGGAAAAAGGAACAGCUAGAUACCCGCUCCGUCGCGUCGAGGUGAAGACCCUAUCUGUCCCUCAGGGAAAUUUAUCGUUUACCAGAGAAUCGCUGUACAAUGGCAAUCUACCAAAACGCCUAGUGAUCGGUCUAGUGGGUACUGACGCAUUCAACGGGAGUUACUCAAAAAAUCCGUACAACUUUCAACACUUCAAUACAAACUUUAUGGCCUUGUAUCUCGUAAAUCGUCUAAGUCUUGGAUCAGUUUUUAAACGAAUGUAA